UGUUUUGACUUAUAAACUGGUUUGUAGAUUUUUUUUGGCAGCUGGUAUUCUUACUGUUGAUUUUUAUUUAAAAUGCUGUAGGUAUUUUGUAUUAUAAUUGUCAUCACUGGUAUUGCCGAAGCUGUAUGAAUAAGGGUUGGAACGCCUCCAGUUCAUAGUAUUGCGAGAUGAUUUGCUUAAAGAAAUGGUGAUGCGGAGUGAGCCAGAAAAUGGGAGAUGUUUCUUGGUGGGACAUUAUGGAGCAAAUACAAAAGGAGGCUGCAGAGACAGACACCUGAACGGUUGUGAGAUUGAAAAAAAACACAUGCAGAGAAAGUAGAAGAAGCAAAAGGGGAGCAGCAGAAAAGAAGGCAGAAGAAAAUGAAAAAUGGAAGUACAUGGCAAGGAUUCAAAGUAAAGAUAGAUUGACCGGUGUGAAGUGUGGGACAAUUUAAUAGCUUCUUUGGGUGUAAAAGCACAUGAGAUCCUCUGGGGACAACAUGGCUUCCAUGUUUUUGAAGAGCAUAAUUCCUGCUGUUACAAGACCAUUGUUCUACUUAAGCAGAUGCCAUGCUGGUCGUUUCUCUUUCAUUGCAGCAGCAUACAGGCAUUUUAACAGUGCUGUUCCUGUGAAGAUGGGAUUUUUGCAAGUGGUCCCCAACGAACAGAGACAAGGUGCUGUAAACUUUCUUGGAAUGAGUAGACUUCCCUACUUGCAACAUCUUGCUGGAAUGAAAACAAAAUCCGCUAUAAGGAAACGUUGUAAAGACUGUUUCAUUGUCCGUAGACGUGGGCGGUUGUUUGUGUUCUGCAAAACACAUCCUCGACAUAAGCAAAGGCAAGGAUGAUGGGAAAGUUAUCCAGGACAUUUUGUGUAUUUUUUUUCUGUAUGCUUCACAGCUGUUGGGUCUAUAGCACAAUAUAGAUUUAGUGCAGCAAAUACUCUAAUUUUCUGUUGGUAAAACUGGUCAGAAGUAUUGACCGACUUUGUAUGAAUAAUUUUUUUUCUCCAACUAUAAAUGAAUGUUUUUCACUUAA